AUGGGCGCGGGUGGCAGGAUGCGGCGGGCGGGCGGCGCAUCCGCCCUGCGCCGCAAGCGGCAGUCGCCCGCCGCCGUGCUUUCGGCCGGCCGCGACGCAAACAUGGCCUCACUGUCCGAAAUGAACGCGCAGGACAAGGAGAAUGUGAACGAAAACGACAACAAUGGGAAGGGCGAAUGUGAAACAGAGUACAGUCCUGACCUAAAGGGAAACGUAAGCGGCCAGGAGAUAAUAAUCAAAGUCUCACCGACAACGAUAUAUAGUAUCGAGGAUAACAAGUUUUCGGAGGAUCCGCUCAAUUAUGACACAGAAACUGAUGACGUUGACCAGAUGGUGCCGAAGAGGGAUACAGUCAAGAAGCGAUAUUCGGUCGAUUACAAGAGAUCACGGAUGGAUUUCAAGAGGUUCUCCGUUGACUGUAGUCGUCAGACUGCCACGCUCGAAGAGCUCGCUAAUCUGGAAAGGGAGCUGGCCCGUACAAACGUGGAUGCGCGCUCAACAAGUAGACGAAAGUCCGCCGGAAUCUUGAAGUCCACUACAAGCAGCAAUGACGUGGGUGAGCAGCGUUCCACGUGCGGCCAAGAGCUGUGUUCGGAUGAUGACGAUGUGUUCGAGAAGACCGUCGAAGUCGCCGCUGAGCACGAGCGGCCCCGAGAGCCUCCGGCAACCCCAGUAGGCCGCGACGAAUUGGCUCUGAGGAGGCACAGGUUCUUUUCCGAUCUCGUUUGCGCGGCACGAGCGGCUGUGGAGCAUCGCGUGCGUUUCGACCCAUUGGGACCUAUCGUAGCGGAUGAAAUCGUUUUUAUCGAUUCGCAUCGCUUCUCGGCUUUAUUGUUGCGAAUGAUUAUGUUGUAUCACGGCGUAAACAGUAAGCUCGCCCCGAAGCGGACUUGCGGCGGUGAGGGCGAGCAGUUGGCUGCCAUCAGUAACCCGGCGGCCGAGUUCGAGGCUCUGAUAGAGCGGUUGGAGCGAGUGACGACGCGUCUCGAGCGACUACCCGCACUCCAAGCACAGGCGCUAUCGUCCCCACGCUCGCCGGAAACAGCUGAGGCGUACUCGCCAACAGAGCCGGUGCAGGAUACGGGAUUAUUGCUAGCGACAGACGACAUGAGCGUCAACGGAUAUCAAGAUUUGUUACAAGGUCCCCUGAGGGCGUACUUGGAGCUGUCUCAGCAGAUCGGCGGCGAUGUGGCCACUCACGCCAACCUUGUCAACGAGGCUUUCCAAGCGCAGCUUCGGUACAUCCAGCUGGCGUCGUCUAGAAGCAAGCCGUCGCAGGCGGAGGAGAUGCAACUCCUCGCGCCGACCAGCGACAAGAUCUCUGCCAUCCAGCAGUUCCGCGAGAAGAAUAGAGUGUCGUCGUUCUUCAACCAUCUGUCCGCGAUCUCCGAGAGCAUCCCGGCCCUCGGCUGGGUGGCCGUGGCGCCGACGCCAGCGCCCUACGUCAAGGAGAUGAACGACGCCGGCCAGUUCUACACGAACCGCGUGCUGAAGGAGUGGAAGGAGAAGGACAAGAGACAUGUGGAGUGGUGCCGCGCCUGGGUGCAACUGCUCACCGACCUCCAGGCAUACGUGAAGCAGCACCACACCACCGGCCUAGUGUGGUCCGGCACCGGUGCGGGCGCUCCGCCCCCGCCGCCGCCCGGGGGCCUGCCGCCGCCGCCGCCCGUGCUGCCGGAGGCGGACUUCGCCAACAUGUCCGUAGACGACCGCAGCGCCCUCUUCGCCGAGAUCAACCAGGGCGAGGGCAUCACUAGCCACCUGCGCAAGGUGACGUCGGACAUGCAGACGCACAAGAACCCCACCCUGCGGCAGGGCCCGGCGCCCUUCAAGGCGGCCCACGCCGCUCCCCCCGCGCCCCCCGCCAAGCCCCUCCCGCAGCCGGGCGCCGGCAAGCUCGACAAGCCGCCGGUGUUCGUGCGCGACGGCAAGAAGUGGCUCAUCGAGUACCAGAAGGGCAACUCGGGCCUGGUGGUGGAGAACGCGGACAUGAACAACGUGGUGUACAUGUUCCGCUGCCGCGACUCCUCGCUCACCGUCCGCGGCAAGAUCAACGGCGUGGUGCUCGACUCGUGCACCAAGUGCGCGGUGGUCUUCGACAACCUCGUCGCCAGCGUGGAGUUCGUCAACUGCCAAUCGGUGCAGAUGCAGGUCGGUGGCGCCCCUUUAUCGUUUUUCUCAGCG